CGCUUCUCUGUAGCUAAUGACAACGGGAUAAACCACUACUAAUGAACCAUGCAUUGCGUUAGUUGUUAUUAAACUUUACUCAUGUACGAGAAAGGACAACGUCUAUAGUAACCACAUGUUGUAUCACGACAUGGCGGUUUUCAAAACAUUGACUAAAAUAGAUUGCUGUCAACAACUUAAAGUGUUUAAAUGUGUAAUAAAUUGGUAGCUACACGCUAACCUUAGUAAGCUGCGAUUUGUAUGGUUGUUUUCCUGGUUGCUUAAUGACUAGCAGGCUGUCUUGAUAGCUGCAAUGGAUCCCAACAGCAUCGAGCUUUUGGAGGCGCAGGUGAAGACUCUAUCGGACGAGUUAAUGCAGUGCCAGGCCGACAAGGAGUUUGUGUGGUCGUUAUGGAAACGCCUGCAAGUGGCCAAUCCGGACCUGACCCAGGCAGUCAGUUUGGUCGUGGAGCGCGAGAAGCAAAAGGGUGAGAUGAAGGACAGAAAGGUACUAGAGAUUCUGCAGACCAAAGACUACAAGAUUCAGGAAUUGGAACAGAGAGUAACAGUGCAGCAACAGGAGGUGAACCUGGUGCAGCAGAGGAAGAUGUUGAUGGACGAAGAGAGAGCUGCAUUAAACAAGGAGAUCUCCUCCCUGCAGGAGCGGCUGGCCAGCAACAGUCAGGAUAUAAAGGAAAUGAGGGCGCAGCAUGCCAGCAGCGAGGAGGAGGCGCGGGGUGCCAUGCGGGCUCUGGAGGAGCAGAAGGAGGAGUGGGCCUCACGCUGCGCCGGCCUGCACGCUGACCUGGAGGAGGAGAGGAGACGGGCCUCCCACUGCGACGACCAGAGGGAAGCCACCCGGGCCAGGAUCAAGGAGCUGGAGGCGGAGCUGCCUCAGUUCUCCAGUCUGCAGAGCGAGAACUCCAGCCUGGCUGCCCUGCUCUCUGCGAAGGACAAGGAGAUGGAAGCCCAAGAGGGACAUCUCAGCCAACUCCGCGGUGAGCUGGUGGAGGUGCAGGCCCUGUACAGACAGAGCAUGGAGCAUGGGUCUGAGCAGGGUCACCUGAUCAAGCAGCUGGAGGCGCUGAACCUGGACAGCCAGAGGGUGCUGCGUAACCAAGAGGAGGCCCACAGCGUGGACGCCACCUCCUACCAGAGGCUCUACACAGAGCUAAGCCAGAGCUACCAGGCCCUGGUGGCCGGUGAAGCCCAGCUCCGCCAGAACCACCUGGAGCUAAGCGGCCUGCUGGCCCAGAGAGACCUGCAGAUCCUGGAGCUCCAGAGCCAGCUACAGCAGCAGGACCUGCUGGCCCACAGAGACCAGCAGAUCCUGGAGCUCCAUAGCCAGCUACAGCAGCAGCAGCAGCAGCAGCAAGAGAAGCGUCUACUGCAGACCCAGCAGCAGCAGCAGCAAGCACACCAGACCACCACCACCGCAGGUCAACAGCCCAACAAGCAAACGAAUGUGAAGGAGCUGUGUCAGCCGAGCGCAGACACACCUGUCAGCUCCGGUUUCAACCAGGCCUCGAACUUCUCCAGUCCAGGGCUAGGGACCAGCACGCCUCUUGACGGAGGAGCUUGGACGGAGAGGACGUGGAAAGCCAGUUCUUCCAGAGGCCGCUCUACCAGCAUCGGACAGCAGGAUGCACCUGUGCAACGGUCCAGGUCCCUCUCCCCGGCGAGCUGUGUGGAGGCGGGAGGAGGAGGAGGAGGAGGAGGAAGAGAAGGAGGAGGAGCAGAGCAGAGGAUGCAGGACCUUGAAGAGCUCCUUCAACUCAAGACAAAGGAGAUGGAAGUGCUCAGGAGUGCGCACCAGAACCGCCUGGAGCGCCUGCACCUGAUCCAGGCCAACUACAGGACCAUCAGAGACCAGCUGAGGGACGCAGAGGAGGCAGACGGACUGCCUAAACCUAAAGGGCCGAGUCGGAGAGCCGAGCCCUGGCAGCUGAGACAGGAGGACAGCGACGGCGUGUGGAACGAGCUGGCCUACUUCAAGCGCCUGGCCAGGAAGCUCGACGUGGAGAAGGCCAACCUGGAGGAGGAGAUGGACGUGCUGAAGGUCCAGGCGGCCCUGGACCGGACCACCGUGAAGGAGCAGCGUCUGUGUCUCCUGAACGAGCACCAAGAGCUGCUGUGCAGAGUGGAGGAGGAGCGGAGGGUCAGACAGAGCGCCCCCAAACCGCAGCCCGCCGCCGCCAGCCAGCGUGUGGAGGAGUCCUUAAGAAAGAUGGAGCAACUGGAGCGGAGGAUGAUCUCCCUGGAGGAGGAGACGGAGAAGCUCAGGCUGGAGAACGAGCACUUACUGGAGGCCAGAGAGGAGCUGACCAACGAGCGCCGCCACCUCCGGGCCUCUUUGGAGAACCUGCACUGCCAGGCGGAUGCCCGCGAGAGGGCGGCCAGGGCCCAGGCACUGGCGCAGCGGGAGCGGCACUCGGGCGAGACCCAGGCUCUGGAGGCCCGGCUGGGGGCGGCGGAGAAGGAAGCGGCCCAGCUCCGGGGGCGGGCGCUGAAGCUGAGGCAGGAGCUGGGCAUCCUCCGAGCGGCCCGCGACUUCUACAGGAGGAGCACUGCAGCGGGAGGAGGGGGAGGAGGGGGAGCCGUCGGCGCGGACAGCAGCAAGGUCAAAUUCAAAACAGCCCGGCUCGCCGGUCCGGCGUGCCGUAGUGGCCACCGAGCGGUCGGCCCCAAUCAAGCCAUCAGCUGGCACGGACGGAGCCCGAGCCCCGCGAAGGACGAAUGGGAGGACGUGAGCACGGACAGUGAGGGGGACGAGGUGGAGUUCUCAGACAGCCUGGAGGGCAAUCGCAGUAAGACCAGGAGAGCCUCACGCACCACCCCUAAGAUGCCCUACAGGUGCACGGCGGGCUCGAAUGUCGCGUCGGAGAGGGCGGAGGACGAGCCCGGCAGAAGGCACGCCAGUGGUCCCAGUCCAGACGAGCGAAAGUGGCGUGCGCCCGGGGACCAGGCGGAGACGAGCGGGGAAGCAAGGAUGAGGGGCGCCGAGAUGAUGAUGACGACGGCGGCCAUGAUGAAGAGGAGGAGGAAGAUGGCGACGGCGGGCUCCACCUCCACCGCCCUCAUCUCGCUGCAGCACCGCGUGGAGUCUCUGCAGCGGCGUGUCGACAUCCUGCGCCGCGCCCGCCGGGACGCCACGCGCAUGGCCCGGGAGACCGGGCGGGCCAAUCAGAACAUGGCGGCCCAGCUUGACGCCCUUACUGACAGGCUGGGAGGCAACAAGCAGCUCACCCAGAAGCUGACCUGUGACCUGGCCGGGGUGGAGUUGCAGAAAAAAGUCCUGGAGAUGGAGCUGGAGCAGUGGAGAAAGAUGCAGCUCCCACCACCACCACCACCACCACCACCACCAGCUCCACCAGCAGCAGCAACCGGAGCGGCGGAGAGCUGCUCCUGUCAGGGCAGGGGCCUGACCGCUCCUAAUAACCUCGGCCUCCAGGCCCUAGAGGCCGAGGUCAAGCAGCUCCAAGGCAAGCUCAAGAGUGGCAGUGCAGAGGCGUCCAGGCAGGCGUCGGCCAUCAAGACCCUCCGUGCCCAGGUGCAGGACAAGGAGGACAAGCUCCGCAUGCUGCAGGACAAGGCGAGCCACUCGGAGCGGGACGUGGUGAUGAAGCGGCAGCUGGUGGAGGACCUCCGCACCAGGCUGAAGGUGCUCCAGGAUGGGGAGGGGAGCCACCGUGGCCAGGUGGAGGAUCUGGAGAGGAAGGUGAAGAGCCAAUCAGAGGAGGCCAACAACAGGAAGACCUUCAUCGAGUCUCUGAAGAGGAGGCUGAGUGUGGCCACCUCGGAGAAGAGCCAUCACGAGACCUCCUGCACCAAGCUCAGAGAGGAGCUGGAGAGAAAGGUGCGCCUCCUGGAGACCCUGCAGGCCCAGGUAGGGGCGGAACAGCGCUCCCUGGCCCAGCUGGAGCAGACCGCCACUAGGCAGAUGGAGGGCCUGACCCAGCAGAGCUCCCAGGCCCUGGAUGUUCUGCAGAGACGGCUGGGCCUGGCGUCCUCCCAGAAGGAGCAGCUCCACGCCUUCGUCAAGGCGCUGGCCGGCGAGAUGCUCCGAGAUGUUCAGGAGGUCAAGCAGCAGCUGACGGAGACGAGGAGCAGGAGGAAGAGGAGCCGGAGGAGGCACGAGGAGGCCAACGCGGCGAGGGGCGCCCCCGCGGCCAAGUCCAUGAUCAGAGCCAAGUCCAUCGCCGCCUCCAUCCUCAACAUGUCCGAGCGCGACCUGGCUGACAUGUUGGACGGUGACCAGGACGAGACUGAGCCCUGUGUGGAAAUACCAGACGAGGAUUGGCUACAACACCUGCACCACAUCCUCCAGCAGAAGAUCCCCUCUGCUGGCCAGCUAAUGGAGGCAGUGCGUGUGAAGAUGAAGGAGAGGAAAGUGCUGACAGAAGAGCUCGCCGCGCUCGCUACACCAGUCAGCGAAAACGCCUGACUCCCCGGGCUGAGGCGGGAGGAAACUGUCAUCCUCUCCCUCUCUAUCUCUCUCCCUCUCUCUCUAGCUCUAGCUCUCUCUAUCUCUCCCUCUCUCUCUCUCUCCUGCUUGCUUUAUCCCUAUCUAUCUCUCUUGUGCCCGCUUGCAUUCUCCCUCCCCUCUCUCUCUCUCUCUCUCUCUCUCUUUCUCUCUCUCUUUCUCCCUCCCUCUCGCCCUCUC